AUGAAUAAAACGACUGUUUUCGACUCGCCGUACGGCCGCCGUAGAGCAAAUGUGACCAAGGUUCGUUGUCAGGUGCGUGGAUUCGGUGAAGAAUGGCACCUCACAGCAAACUGGGACAGAAGACCUGAUCUUCAACUUAACAUCAAACCACAAAAGAAUUCAAACACAAGGCAAAAUGAUGGCGUUGACCUUGUCAUCGUGGAGGAGAUUCUCCGCAAUGCCAUCAUGGCCGCCACCUUUAACUUCUCGCUGCCCAUGAGGGCGCUACCUAGAGAUAUCAUAACUGCCACCAAUGCCAUCCAUACGAACACAGCCAGACCAACAUAUCCUUCCAUGAGUAACAACACAAAUCGAAUGCCUCAAGCCGUAUACCACACACCCAUCGUACCUUCCAGUACCAACCACGUGUCAUCUAAACCGCCUGCCCUGGCAGAAACGCGCCUCUUAGUCAAAGCCCCCUCUAACAUGUGCCUUGUAGUCAAAGUGAUCAAAGCCAAUGGUUUGUUGGUUCGGAGUGGAGGUAGCAGCAGCAGCGACCCAUAUUGCAUUGCCAUGCUAGAUCAACCGCCUCAGAGAUACAAGACAAACACCAUCGUUAAUACUACCAAUCCAUUCUGGGAUGAACACUUCUUGUUUCAACUAAAUAAUAACUCAAGGGAACUGCGCUUUGAAGUAUGGGACAAGGGAAGCGAAAAAGGAAGUGAUGAUUUGUUCUUUGGUGAGGCUCAGGUGCCGGUGGAUACUCUGGAGCACAUGCGAGGUAGCAGACAUAUUUUACCACUGAGUGGAGUUACGGGAGAUGGUGAGACUGUCAAAGGGUCUCUAACUGUAUGGUUCCUAUUCAUGGAGUCGGCAGAGCAGAAUACCGAGAUCAAACCAAGACAGCCUGUCUCACCCACCAAGCGAGUAGAGACGUCAAGAAGCAUCGCCCCAGACGGUACAGUCAUCACCAUGGUAACAACGACAACAGCCAAGCCCAAGCCUGGGGAAAGGAGAUCUGGAUCUAACGAAGCACCAAUGAGGGUUGUCACGACGGCAGCAUCCCUUCCGACCCCCCAGAGACCGGGGGUAUAUCCCGACGGUGAGGGCGGGAUGGACAGGUCUCAUCAUUCUACCGGUACUCAAUCUUUGGAUGUACCAAGGCAGAGAACAUCUUCAGAAACCAGGCAAGAAUCAAGCACGCCCCCAACGGAAAGAAGUUCACGCUCCGUAGCUGAUGCAGCCAUCAGACAUCUCUCAGAGUCGGCGGAUAACAAACAAAAAACACCAACAAAGAAAAGCACUCUCAUUAUCCAUGGUGUCUCACAGACUCCAAAUGUGGAUCUCUCAACCCUUAGCGAUGAACCAACACAAAGCAAUUUCAAGAGAGAUGCAUCACCGAACCGCAGCAAACGUGGCUUCAAGCUCUUCAGGCGGCGGAGCAAGAAGGAGAAAGCGAUGAGAAGCGUUAGCCUGGAUGAAUCGGAUCUGGACCGGGCCCGUCAGCAGGCUAUACGAAGCUCAGAGGGAACGUCAACCCUACCGUUACCUGAUCAUAGAACUAAUACAUUGGAGGUGCCUAGCCCAGAGACACAUGAACCUAUUAGUGCUGAAUCCUCACCAAGGAGAAGUAAGAGGAAACUGUUUGGUUUCUUGAAGCGCCAGAAGAGUAAAGAGAGGCAGUACAGCUCACAGGGUAGCUUACAACCUAAAGCAGCCAAGGGUAAAGCCCAACCCGUCGUCCCUAGACAGAAUCUUACAGUACCAUCAGGACAACCUAGGUCAGCUAGUACAGAGGAUAUAGACGUUCACCUUCGUUCCCAUGACAACAGAGAUACCAGACCACGCCCAUUAUCCAUGUGACUACUCCACCCCUCUCUGAAACGCUUCCCUCUGCCGAUGUCCACCCCUUACAAGAAAAUCACCUUCAAACUUCGGUUAAACCUCUCAUGACAUGGCGUGUGUUCAGACAUCAGCGCUUGUGAUCAAUAGCGCUUUCAGUCACCAGUGGUGAUCAGUAAAUCGUUACGUACACAUGCUAGCUAUCGCCACUCGCAAUAGAUGGCAAUGGGCGAUCAGGAACUUGUUAUUCAGACUUUAUCGUCACUUACGAUAUAUUGCAAUAGGCGAUGUCAUUCAGAUAUUAUCACCACAUGCAAGAGAUUGGUAGAGGCUUUCAGUAUCAUGUUAUUCAGACGUUCUUACCACUUGCAAGAGAUUGCAGCAGAUGAUCACUGAUAUGUUAUUCACAUAAUCACUACUUGUGAUAGAUUGCAAAAGAGGAUCAGUAACAUGUCAUGUGGUUCUUAUUACCACUUGUGAUAGAUUGCAGCUGGCGAUCAGUUAGAUAUCUUUCUGAAGUUAUCGCCACUUGCGAUACGCGUCAUGGUAAUGCACGUUACUUUCGUAAAAUUAUGUUUCACAAACGAGAUGAUAAUGAUCUAAGCUCUCUCCAGUCAAAAUCACAGAUGAUGAGUAGCGAUUUUUGGGACUUGUUGUCCAUAGGACAAAUGUGUUCUCAAGUGGUGAUUGAUCAUGAGUAAUGAUCAAUUUAAUUUUCACUCAAGAUAAUGGAGUUUUUGGAUGUGUCAACUUUCACGGAUUGAGAUUGAUAAUGAUAAUCUCAAUUGGCAAUAACGUGUGAAUUGGGGGAAGAGGCACCUUUCUUGCCUCCUGUUUCCUUCUGUAAUCCCUUCAGGACAAUGUUUACUUUAGGCUAUAGUUAAAAUCCUCAUAAUAUUGUUAGAACAUGGAAGGAUUAUAUAAACCAAGUUUCCUUUUUCUUUGAUAGACACUAACCUGGACCUUGACAGUCAUACUGUACUAAAAAGUUAUUUGCCCUUGUAAAGGACUAGAGAUAUUUUACAGAGUUAUUUCAUUUGUUGUAGAAAUUUACAGAUAUGUAUUCAUGUAUAUGCUUAAUACUACAGGAGAUGUACACUUUAAAUUUCAUGGACUUGCAAACAAAUCUAGAUUGGCUGUUAAUUGUGACGAGCCGAAUAUUAGAUAUAUUUUUAAACCAAAAGUUAAACAAUUCAAUCUCAAGAGAUUGAAAUUAAAUCAUUUUAGAUUUAUAUUCAAAUCCACAAAGUUUAAUUCUACACUGUUCACUAGCCUGUAAGCACAGAUUCAAUUUUGACACUUUAACCAAUAACAGGUCUAGAGUGAAGACUAGAUGUCUGUGUCAAAUAAGAGCCAGCCACAGAACAUAGUGAAUCUAGUCUCACUCAUUCAGACUCUGCAUUUUACACUAUGCAAAUUGUUAGAAUCAAGGGUCUGUGUCUGCAGGCUAACUAUUCACAUUUGAUCUAGAUUUAUUCUUAAUUUUAGAAUUUAGAGUGUGUAUGGAAUUUGAAUAGAAGAUUGGAAAUAAUUUAGAUUGUACUGAAUGUAAUUCAUUACAGAAGUUUGAAAAAAAUCAUAUUUGAAGUCUCUUAGUUUGUUGUGUGAAAUGAAGAAUUGUCAUUAAAUGAAUUUAAUGGAAUUUAUCAGUAAAUUUCUUAGAAAUGAAUUUAUUUGCUGAAAAUGAUCAUUUGGCAAAUAAAUUAGUCAUCAGUUUGGGUUGCAAAAUGAGGAAUGUUUCUUGGAAAUGAUAUGCACUUAAAAUGAUAAUCAUGCUAACUGAAAUGAAUAAUUAGUAAUUAUUUAAUGAGUGAUAAAAUUCAAUACAAAGCAACGUUCUUUGCUUUGCAAAAUUAUGAAUUUAUAGUGGUACUAAAAUUACAAAAUGAGAGAUUUCCAAAAAUGGUAAUAUUAGAUCAGGUUCAAACAUGUGCUUUGAUUUUAAAAUACAUGGUAUAAAUGUUUUUAGUGAAAUUUAUCUGAUUUAUAUUACUGGUAGUCAUUUUACCGAUUUACUGAUUUCAGUUCAAAGAAGAUUCAAAUCAAUGCAGUUUGUUUUGGUUUUCACACUUCUAAAUUAGGGUGAAUUAUCUGAUUCUAUGAUUGAUAAGGUGACUAAACUUUCCCUGUUUUGAAAAGCAUUCAAGAAUUUCAUGGCUUUGUUACAUAAAUCCCAGAAAAAAGCUACAUUUGCUUCAUAUCGUUUGCCAUUUUAUAGAUGUAGGUACAUUUUUAAAAGCCUUUAUUUUGUAAAUGUUCUGAGAGAACGCCCAUAUUUAUUGCAUUUCGUGUGCGCAAGUUAAAUGAGCUGGUCUCAAUAUAAUUUGCAUAUAUUUUUUCUUUGUUCACAUUUUUUUUUUGGGGGGCGGGGGUCGUUGUUUGCUAUAAUAUCAUACUCAAAAGUAAUUUGCAUCGUAGAUUCUUGACUUUGCAAGAAAACGUGUACACUGCUGAAAACAGUGGUGUUAACUUAAAUCUACACUAAAUUAGUGUUGUAUAUGGUGAGGACGGCACCAAGGUGUCAAUUUCUACACCCUUUAGUGUCAUUCUGUUUGUGAAGUCAAUCUCAACAUUUGGUGUCAUUUUAACACCUGUUUGAAAUAAGAAAUUAUCCUAUAUUCUAUUUAGCACCGUGAUAAGAAGUAGCAUUGUAGCAAUUAUUAUAUUUGGAAAUGCACACAGAACUAGUUAAUCAAUUUCACUAUACAGUAUAAAAUGUACUUUUAUGAAUGUUAAUGAAAUUUAAAGCCUUGAUUUUAUUAAAUUUAUCUAAUUUCAUUAGGUGUACCAAAGGUUGGUUUAUUUUCUAUUCUAAUGCUGGAUCUUUCGGAAUUGUCUUUCACGCAAUGUUAUGUAUGCCCAGCCCACACUAUUUAUUAAUGCCCUGUUUUCAUGAAACCUAUUAUGUAUGAUAACUCUACUAUCGCUGGUAACUACUGUCAAAACGUUACCCCC